AUCCAUCAAAAGCAGAUCUAUCCCCAAAAUAAACUCAUCACAUCAAAAUCAUCAAAAACCCAAUCACCAAAAUCACCACCGCAUUCUCUCCACUCCCCCUACGGUUUCAAGGGUUUCUGUAAAACAACUCAACCUCAAGAACACACAGAGAAAACAAGAGGGGAGACAUGGCUGGACAAGAAGAAAUUCCAGAAGCGACGAUUCAGAAUGUUCUCGAACAAGAGAGUUUGAAGUGGGUAUUUGUUGGGGGUAAAGGUGGUGUUGGAAAAACGACGUGUAGCUCGAUCAUCUCAAUUCUUCUGGCUUCUGUCAGAUCUUCUGUUCUCAUAAUCUCAACUGAUCCUGCUCAUAAUCUUAGCGACGCUUUCCAACAACGAUUCACAAAAGCUCCUACUUUGGUCAAUGGGUUCACCAAUUUGUAUGCCAUGGAGGUGGAUCCGACUGUGGAGGCCGAAGAAACCGGCAGUUCAGAAGGAAUGGACGGUUUCCUAUCAGAUUUAGCGAACUCAAUUCCCGGAAUUGAUGAGGCUAUGAGCUUUGCCGAGAUGCUAAAGUUGGUGCAAACCAUGGAUUACUCGGUGAUAGUGUUUGAUACCGCUCCCACCGGCCAUACACUGCGCUUGUUACAGUUCCCGUCAACGUUAGAGAAAGGUCUUGCCAAAAUGAUGAGCUUAAAGAGUAAAUUUGGUGGCUUAUUGGGUCAGAUGACCCGUAUGUUUGGCGUUGGAGAAGAGUUUGGAGAGGAUGCAAUACUGGGAAGGCUCGAGGGUAUGAAAGAAGUUAUCGAACAAGUGAACAGGCAGUUCAAAGAUCCGGAUUUGACGACUUUUGUAUGCGUUUGCAUUCCGGAAUUCCUCUCAUUAUACGAGACGGAGAGACUAGUGCAAGAACUCACUAAAUUCGAGAUUGAUACACAUAAUAUCAUCAUCAACCAAGUGCUUUUUGACGAAGAAGGUGUUGAAUCGAAGUUGCUCAAAGCUCGGAUGAAGAUGCAACAAAAAUAUCUUGAUCAAUUCUACAUGUUAUAUGACGAUUUCUAUAUUACAAAGUUGCCGUUGCUGCCACAAGAGGUUUGUGGAGUCGAGGCAUUAAAAGCAUUUUCGCACCAUUUCUUGAAACCGUAUCAACCCUUAUUAACUAGAGGUACGGUAGAAGAGCUCGAGCUAAGAGUUUCGAAGCUCCAACAAUUGCUUAAAGAUGCCGAAUCCGAAUUAGAACGAGCGAAAAAAGGGAAACAACCUCUUAACCCUUGAAAUAAGAACAAGAGUUGUUACGUAUUCGGAUCUUGUAUAAUUUAUUUGAUUCCGUAUUUUUGGUAGAUUCGUUUUUCUUGUAUUCUUUUCUUAAUUUAUAUUUCCCGCUGUUUUAAUACGGUUUUAGAUUACGAUUAUGAAGUUACGGGCAGUCGUUGUAAGUUAUCGUUAUCGUAUCGACGGUGGAAACCCUUUGUAAACUAACAAUUCAUGGAAAACAUGGUGUGUUUUAUGGACAUUUUGAUUGGUGUUAUAAACC